AAACCAAUUAGCCAUUGUUUUUCUUUUCUUCUCGAAGUUAAAAGGGAGAUUUAAUCGAUAUUUCACCUACAAGUUAGGAGAAAAGGGGAGGAAUCUAAAUGUACCAAUCCAUGGCCAAGUGCAACUGUGAGGGUGGGGUAAUACUAAUGCUUUUCCGGUAGUACGUGGACCACCAAAGGUACGUGGUGGCAACCAAUCAAAGCCAUUUAUUGAGUCAGAAAAAUGAAAAACCUUUUUCAGACCUUUUCUGACACAACCCGUGUAGCUCAUUGGUUGAGAGUUGAGACCACCUAUCAUCUGUGGGGUGGUCCACUGAAAACGACCCAUGACAAACCUAUUGGUGGGCCUAGGGUAGGUCCCAACACGUGCCCCUAUCCCAUCCAUCGCUUGACUCUUUUGAUCCAUUCUCCGCCGUCGAUUCUCACAAUCCUUUAAACAAAUCCUAGGGUUUGAGGCUUGAUCCGUUUUCUUCUUUUGAUCCUCCCAUUUUAUUUAAUCUUGGUCCCUGGUUUUCUCUCUCUUUCUUUCCCUCUAUGGCAGUUCCAUGUAUAUUAGCCCUUAAAAUUCCUCUGACCCCUCUUCCUCUGUUUCAUCAAAACCAAAAACACGUAAUAAAGAGAAAAGAGGUCUUCAGUUUUCUCUAGAACCAAACAGUACUUUGGGUCUCUUUUUUGUGGAAUGGCGUCGUUGCAGGAACACGAGAUCGAUCAAGACGACGAAGUUGGAACCUCUGAUCUCAGCAGCAGUGCCGGAGAGCCUGAAGAGGAGAACAACGCCAACGAUAAUGGGAUGUCGAAGCCUUCGUCUUCCGAUCAAACGACGACGUUUCAGGCUUUGUCGAUGAAGGAAGAGCCGGUGGAUUCGGAACCAGAUGCGGAGCAGAAGCCACAGGCGCCAUCGAUUGGGGUGGUGCCGGUCAUUCAGAUGCAGAUGCCAAUGCCGAUUCCGAUGCCCAUGCCGGUAUCGUCGGGACGGCGUUCUUCUACAAAGGACCGCCACACCAAGGUGGAGGGUCGUGGUCGGAGAAUCCGGAUUCCGGCCACUUGUGCUGCCAGGAUCUUUCAGCUGACCCGGGAACUGGGUCACAAGUCUGAUGGUGAGACCGUGCGGUGGUUGCUCGAACACGCUGAGCAGGCUAUCAUCGAAGCUACAGGAACCGGCACUGUCCCUGCUAUUGCAGUUUCCGUCGGCGGAACCCUCAAGAUUCCUACUUCGUCGUCAUCGAACCCAGAAGGAGAGGCUCCAAAGAAAAGAAAGCGGCCGGCGAACAGUGAGUUUUAUGACGUAAACGAUGGUGUUUCAGUGUCGUCGGGUCUUGCCCCGGUCGGAGCCACCGCUGUGGCGGCAGCGGCCCCACAAGGACUCGUACCCAUAUGGGCCGUCGGAAACGCCGGAAUGAUGAUCCCACCCAACGCUGUCGCAGCUGGCACGUUCUGGAUGAUCCCACCGACCGCAACCCCCGUCGCGGGACCCCCAAACCAGCCACAACUCUGGACGAUUUCACCCUCAGUAAGCCCCGUUUUCAAUAUGUCUGCCCGACCCAUUUCUUCAUUCGUAUCAGCGACUCAGCCUGGAAUGAAUCAUCCGCCAGCUCUCGACGUCCGAGCUCCGCCGGUGCUCUGCAACAGCGCAACGAUCUCAGCAACCACCAGCACCGCCGGAGCAAGAGCGGCGAAGAAGUCGACCAUGGCUCCGUGUGUAAGUUCAACAACAACUACAACGAAUACCAGUGCUACUAAACCCCAAAUGCUGAGAGACUUCUCUCUGGAAAUUUAUGAUAAAAAGGAGCUACAGUUCAUGGGUAGGUCCGGUAAUCAACAAACACAAUCUUCCAAGCCAUGAGGAGAGGACAGAGAAAAGGUUCCGAAGUGAAGGAGGGAAGCUGGGGUGAAGUAGAGAAUUCUUAAUUGAAGAAGAGAUAUGGGUUAUGACUUAUGAGGCCUUUUUCGGCUCGGGCAAGUACUGGAUAUUUUUUGAAAAGAAAACCAGAAAAAAGUGCUUUCUGGACAUUUUGGAAAGUUUUUGGUUAUUUGGGAAAAUUGGUGAGUACAAUGGGAGAAUUUUCCUAUCCAUAGGAAACUAUGGUGAGGGGCAACUCCCCGGGUACAAGUACGUCAAAGCCAAAAGGUACCACCAGAUACAGCAGUUUGCCCUUUUGGGGUGAAAACUUUUUCCUAUUCGGGUGGAUUUUCUUGGAAAUUUAACCCAUUCGAACUCGGGUCACACCCAUAUGUGGAUUUGGGCUCUCAAGUAUUACCCCCACGUGACUUUGAGACUCCCACGUGCAAGUGGGCCGUAGUGGGCUGAGUUCGUUGUGGGGCGUGGGCCCAACCAUCAGAACAUAACCUACCCCAAGAAAUGCUCAAUGCCAAUCCCCAAUCCCGCAAUGCCACCCACGCGUUUUCACUUCAACGCCUCCUAUCCCUUGACUUCUUGAGGAGGCCGCAAAUGUGUUCCAGACUCUCUCCCAGCGUGUGGUGGGCGAGUGAAAUCAAAUGGUUGUCCAUCUAAUGUGGGCCUGGCCUAAGUUGGGAAGCUGUCAUGGGGUAGACAGGAUGUGGGCCCCAGUGGCCCCAACGGUUUCCCAUCUCUAUCUGGGUUGUGACUUGAGAAUAGGUGGGCCCGAUGUGCACUCAUUUUUUGUGGUCCAUUCUCUUAGGGGGUGGUUUGAUCGAGAAUGAAAGCAGCGAAGAUGGGGGCCCAGUACGUCACUAACCCAAUUUGAGCUGGUCCACAAUGUCCACCACCACCCUUUGCCCUCAAUCUGAGGUGGGUGAAUCCUGACCGUAGGCUUAUAUGAAAUGAUGUACGUGAAGGUUGACAGAUGUUAGGUAGUGAGAGUGACUGGGUCGCUGAGUUGGUUUUAUUUAUUAAAUGGUGGGUGUAUAGCAUACCUUAUCAUGAUUCAUGAUACAUUGAGAAAAACCUUAAACAUCUAUUCCGUAUUCAAUACAUGAAAUAACUUUUUGAAUUUA